AUGGCUCAAGGCCAAGGUAGCCAGUUUCAUCACUUUGCAGGCAGUGGCGAUGUCGGGCCCCAAGGCCUUUACAGCGCGGCGCAGGCGUAUACGGAUGGACACUUGCAGGCCUCGUUUCACUACGAGCCGAAUACUUUACACGAUGCCAUAACCUUUGAAGAUGAUUCGAGCGCAUUCGAUAACAGUUCGUUCUUCGGGACUGAUCAGACUGCCUUUGGAUUCCCAUCACAACAACAACAACAACAACAAUCACAACCACAACCACAGCAACCACAGCAAUCACAUCAAUCCCAACAACAUUCAUCACACCAACCAGUCAAUGCUGCGCGGAACUCUGGCUAUAAUACUUUCAGCUCACACCCAGGCAGCCACAACGAUCCAUACUUGUCGUCAACUGCCCACACCGGGUAUGUUGAGCCUUUUCAGGGUACACAACUGUACCAUGGACAAAAUCAUCCUGGGCAGCAGAACCGGCAGAUGAACCAGCAUAUGCCAUCGGGGAGCUUUCAUGUGCCUGGUCAACAGGAGACCCAUUACAUGAUACCGGGAGGUCAGGAUUUCCGAACGCAUACCCAGUCUCCUGUGCAUCCUCAACAGCAGCAACAGCAUCAGCUUCAGGCUCCACAACGGCAACAGCAAGCGCAACGGCAACCCACUGAGCUGCAACAGCCCCAUCACCAGCCACAUAUACAAGCACAACCUCACCCUCAACUACAGUCAUUACAACAACAGCAACAGCAGCAGGCAGCUCAGAGGCAGCAAUUCCAUGCGCAACAGCAACAACGUCAGCAGCAGCAGCCGCAGCAGCAACAACAACAACACCUGCAGCAACAACAUCACCAGCAGCAGCAACAGAGCCAUGUGCAGAUUCAGCAGAAUCACAUUCAACAACAGCGGCAGCAGCAACAACAGCAUCAGCUUCAACAGCAGCACCAACAACAGCAGUCAUCCAACAUCCUCCAGAACUCCGCUGCAGAUCCUUCGCCCUAUAGCUAUGCACAGCAUAAUGUCAACGGUCAGCUUGAGCAUAGUCAUGGUGCCGCAACUCAGCUUGGCCACAAUAGCCAUGUCCACCCGCAUGGUCAUGCCCCCAUUAAUUCUCCUAUCGUGGAUAGCUCUCAGCGGGCAGUCUCGGGUUCGACCAUGGGCAAUAAAAAUAACUUCGUCACGUCGACUUUCGCUGCUUCGAGUGAUCUGGGACCCCAGCAGCACACUGCACCCCAGUCGCGGGCCCCUGCUACGUCUACCAUGCAGCAUAAUGCGAUAUAUUCACAGUCUUUCGGGGCCCCUCAAGAUCAGGCACCCAAUCGUCAAACGAUGCAUUUAGCUUCCGGUUCCGCCAUGCCACAGACCACAGGUCAUCACGCAGUUCCCGCAGAGGUGAUCGAUACGCAUCCGUCCCGUUUACAGCCGACGAAUGUCCAGUCACCAAAUACCCAUACUAUCUCAUCCCAGCCUCCAUACUAUCCACAACAACAGCAGCUUCCUGCGUACUUGACAGGGGCAGCUCCUUCAUCAACACCGGUGCCAGUAUCAGCGCCUGCCGCCGCUCCCGUACAGACGCCACAGCCAUCCCAGCCGAAAGUAAAUGCAAGCAAAUCAACUGCUAGCCCAGCUAUACAACCGCAUCUGCCCGAUCGCGAUCCUGCGGUUGCAAAUAAGGACCGUCCGCGGAUUGGCUGGACUGGUCUGCCGAGUCUCGUGAUUGGAGGUACUCUGAGUGCACAGACCCUUGCCCUGCCAGAGCCUUUGGUGCUCUGUGACUCGGAUAAGUCCCUGGGUGUUAAGGUUAUGGGACGGGAUGAUCUGUUGCCUGCGGAGCUCCUAAGCCAAUUUGUCAAGGUCAACGAGGGGCAGGCCACUGAGGAAAACAUCGAAAAUAGGCUAAAUGCCCUGGACAUGCUGCUACGAAAGGACUACAAAUUCGGCAUAUCACCUAAUGUUAGAGACGGGCUAAGAAAGCUGGCACUUGGUGAAGACAUAGCACCUGCUCGGAGUGAAGAGCGACCGUCUGAUGCUGGCGAAGCUGCGGCUUGGGACGCAAUCGGCAUAGUUCACCUGGACAGUGGCAAACGAACGUCUGAUGCCAUCAAACAAGCCGUCAAGAACUUCGGCGACCUCAUCAAGGGUUAUUCCGAAAAAAUAAAGACGCUCAAGCAACAGCUGGACGCUGCAGCUGAUGAUUCCCCUGAAAAGGAAAAGGUGAAAAAAGCAUUGGCGCGUGAGCAAAGACUUCUUUACCGGGCCAUAGAUGCAGCGUAUGAAAAGGGUGACAUGGCCGUGCUUGAGAAUCUUGGUGGAAACCGCCCCCUGACGGGAAACCUGGUCACCUCGCUUCGGGAUUGCUUCAACGCGGGAGAUUUUAGUGGACAGUUCCCCAAGGCGAUUCUACGCCUACUGUCGCUCUUUAUAUCUCUGCCCGAGGAGCUACUUAUCAGUAGGCUCAAAUUUGACAAGGUCUCCAAGAGAUUUUUAGUCAAGGGUGACGACGAGGUCAAAACUUUGGUGGGCGAAAUUCUUGAAACCAUCAAGAAGAACAAGGAGAAUGAGGAGAAGGCAUCAAGGAAAGCAGCGACUGCUCCGAUGGCACCCCUGUCUGUUCCAAAAAUUUCAGCGGAAAUGAAGAAGGUGCCUUCAUCGUCUGGCAUCUUGGGAAAAUCUUUUAAGACUCUCAGGACCCCUUCAGACUCAUCACCUUCCAAACGGCCUAGAGAGGACGAUUCUGAUGGGCCGGCCACGAAGAAGUUGGCUGGAAACCCGACUUCUGGUAGCUCGGAAACGGGAUCUCUGAAGGCUGGUCCAAAACUGACGUCGACGACUCCCGCGAUUGCUGGGGCAGGAAAAUUGCUUCCUGGAAAAUCUCGCCCGCUUGCCAAGCCAGUAGCGCGACCUGAUCAGUCCAAGUCAGAGUCAAGCCGACUGGAUUCAGGCAUCUCUGCCCAGGAUGAGGGGCUCAAACAAGAUAUCGCCAAGUUGAAGAAGGCUGUCACGCCGAAAGCCCAAGCAUCCUCUAGCGUAUCCCGGCUUGGAUCUUUGCUCAGUGAGAUUGCUCAGCCAAAGAAAGCCCCUGUACCGGCUGCCAAGAUGGACCUCGAUGAAGAACCAAGUGAGACGGUCGAGGAGAAAGAGAAACGGCUCCGCAAAGAACAACGGCGCAAGCUUCGAGUCACAUGGAAGGAGGGUGAGGCGUUGACGGAAGUUCGUCUUUUCCACAAAGAUGCUGAAGAGGAUGAGGGCAGAGGAAGCAGCAUGGUUCGGCACGCCAUGGAUGAUAGAUCUGAAGGCAUGAUGUUGAAGCAAGGUCUAAAGAAGGGCCUGGAUGUCGACGACGAAGACGAAGGUCCGGACCGCCCAUGGAGCGAUCCUACCGCCAUCAACUUCAGCUCUUUCCCAGAAGCCAAGCGCAUGGCCAAUUUCGUCAGGCGCGCUGGUGUAAAACCCGCCAGCGACAUGGAAAGGAAGGUCAUGGAAGAUCGCAUGAAGGAGGUCACUCAUGCUUUCUACCUUGAUGCGGCCGAUAUUCCGCCAACACCAGCCUCUCCGAAGCCCGCCGAUGCAGUGCAAUCACCACCGGCUGCAGAGAACGCGAUGCCGUUACCACCUGGCACUGCCAAGCUCGAAGAGAUGCACACAAGGUGGCGGGAAGUAGAGCACUUCGGAAUCAAGCAGGCAACCAACAAUGCAAUCGUGCGCCUCCACCAGCGGCUCGCAACAAGUACCGCGGCCCCUCUAGAGGCCCAUCACGCACCUCUACCUCCGUCUUCGACCCAAAUUCCCACCAUAUCUUCACUGCCUGACAGUGAGCAAUCUCUCCGCUUGCUGUCGUCGGAUUCUGUUCUGAAAUGGGUCAACAAAGAUCCAUCUGACCCCGAGUAUCCCAGGACCAAGCGUCGGUUCAACCACCAUGAUCUCGCUGUUCAGCAAGCUGUCGACGCUGUCGAAGAGUUGGUGCACAAACUCAAGGGCAAGCCAUUUCCAGCGGUUGAGCCUCCCAGUUAUAUCAGCGAUCCUGAGCGAAUAAAGGAGUGGUGGCUAGGUUACAAUCGCGACAAGGAACGUGCUGCCCAGGCAGCAGAGCAGGAGAGACUGCGAAAGGAAGCCGAGGCUGCGGCGGUGGUACAGCAGCAGCAGUCUAGUACCGCGACACCCAGCGCAGAGGAGCACGCUGCUGCUUGGGCCAGGUACUAUGCGCAGAUCGGUCAAGACCCGGCUCAGAUCCAGGCAGCGAUGCAACAGCAACAGCAACAAAACUACGCACAGCAAUACGCUCAAUACUAUCAGCAGCAGCAGCAGCAACAACAACAACAGCAACCACAGGUCUCUGUGGCGCCUCCAGCUGCCGUCCCAGCUGCUUCGGAUGCGAAUGCUCAGUUGCAGGCUGUUCUAUCGGCACUGGGUGGUGCUGCGCCAGCUGCGCCAGCUCCAGCGGCGCAAUUGAAUGCUGCACAGAUACAAGCGCUUCUCGGAGGCGCAGCGGCGGCCGACCCUGGGCAACAAGCGUACAUGCAACAAUGGACGCAAUGGGCAGCCUCUCAAGGCCAGCAACAACAACAACAACAGCAACAGGUGGAGGACGGCGACUGGAAGACGUCCAGGGUUAAUGGUAAUGAUGAUCGACAAGGCGGAUAUGACGGUGGCAGGAGGGACCGAGACCAUCAAUCAUCCAACAAGGACCGGUUCAAUCGUAGGGAGAAACGACCAGGCAUUAACCGUGACCUGAUCGGGACCAAGCCUUGCAUGUUCUGGUCAAGUGGAAAGUGCGCAAAGGGCGACAAGUGUACUUUCAGGCAUGACUGA